AUGACCGAAGGUCAGUGGACUUCUGUAACGAAUUCGCGAAAUGGAAAAACUCGCUCUUACCUAGGAUCUAAAACCAGAGAAAAAUCUCGCGGCCAAGGCAAAGUCAAUCAUAAUAAGCGAGGAAACAUCAGCGAAGUAAACAAGCGACCGAGUCAACAACAGAGUACACAUUCUUCGAGUCGCCUCCCAAAUCAUGGACCAAAUCACAAUACUUACAAUUUUCCUCCUAAUUUUGAUGUGGCAAAUUCUUUUCCUCCUUAUUCGGAUAUUAGUAAUUCCGAUGGUUCAUCGAGAGCGGUUUCUCCAGAUACAACUUUAUUGACCGCGUUGCCGUCCUACCAUAUUGAAUUAAUGAUAGAAUGCCCUUUUGCAAACUGCCUGGAUCAAGAUAAAUCAGAGGUGACGAUUAACGAUAGUACAUAUCUUGUAGAACAUUUAAAAGAUAAGCAUAAAAUCCACUUUAAGGAUUUGCAUCAUGUCUACUUGAUUCUCGAGAAAUAUUUGAAGUACUGGGCGAAUCAAAUUACUCAAGAGGCGAUCAUGGAAAAACUUAAUACGGAAAUUAGCGAAGAUGAGAUUAUAUAUGUUAUCGAUCCGGAGAAACUUCCGCAAGAUAAAUAUAUUAGGGAGCAAUUUCAUCGUGAAAAAUUGGAACCUGGAAAAAACUGGGAGACAUACGAGAAUGAACGUUACGAAUCAGAUGAAGAUCAUAAUCGAGACGACUCUUGGGAUGAUUGGAAUGAGGAAGAACCGCAAUCAACCCUGUGUCUCUUUUGUGAAAAUAUUUCACUUAAUCCUAAUGAAGCUCUGAAUCAUAUGAGAAGCGCUCAUGGGUUCGAUUUGUUAGAAAUUAAAAAAGCCAUGGUUCAGGCCGAUGACCCUUUAUUAAGAGGAUUUGAAGAUGAUGAUUCCAGCAUUGAGGAUGACAAUGACUCUCCAUUGCAUUUUCCUAAUAACACGGUUGUUAUUCCCGAGAAAGCACCGGAAGAAUUAGGUGACCAAAUGAAACAGAUGUUGACAUUAAAUCAAAGUGAAUUUGGCUUAAAUG